GCGUUGCGCACGGGGCAUUUUGGGGCAGCGGGCAUGGGGAAGGGGGGCAACCAGGGCGAAGGCGAGGCGCCCAUGCCCACCUACCGCUGGGAGGAGAUUCAGAAGCACAACCUGCGCGCCGACAAGUGGCUGGUCAUCGGCCGCAAGGUCUACAACGUCACCAAAUGGUCCAGCCGGCACCCUGGAGGCCAGAGGGUCCUGGGCCAUUACGCGGGGGAAGAUGCCACGGAUGCCUUCCGUGCCUUCCAUCCCAACCUGGACUUCGUGGGCAAGUUCAUGAAACCACUGCUUAUUGGGGAGCUGGCACCUGAUGAACCCAGCCAGGACCGCGGCAAGAAUUCUCAGAUCACCGAGGACUUCCGUGCCCUGCGGAAGACAGCCGAGGAGAUGAACUUGUUCCAGAGCAACCAACUGUUCUUCCUCCUGCUUCUGGGCCACAUCGUGGUCCUGGAGACCGUCGCCUGGCUCGCCCUCUCCUACUUCGGCAAUGGCUGGAUCCCGACGCUCAUCGUGGCCUUUAUCCUUGCUACCUCUCAGGCCCAGGCUGGAUGGCUGCAACAUGACUACGGCCACCUGUCGGUCUACAAGAAGUCCAGGUGGAAUCACUUGGUGCACAAGUUUAUCAUCGGCCACUUGAAGGGUGCCUCUGCUAACUGGUGGAACCACCGCCACUUCCAGCACCACGCCAAGCCCAACAUCUUCCACAAGGACCCGGAUGUGAACAUGCUGCAUGUGUUUGUCCUGGGCAAGUGGCAGCCCGUGGAGUAUGGCAAGAAGAAGCUGAAGUACCUGCCGUACAAUCGCCAGCACGAGUACUUCUUCCUCAUUGGGCCGCCUUUGCUCAUCCCCAUGUACUUCCAGUACCAGAUCAUCAUGACCAUGAUUGUGCGCAAGGACUGGGUGGACCUGGCCUGGGCCAUCAGCUACUACACCCGUUUCUUCAUCACCUACACCCCUUUCUAUGGCGUCCUGGGGGCCGUGUUGUUUCUCAAUUUUAUCAGGUUUCUGGAGAGCCACUGGUUUGUGUGGGUCACGCAAAUGAACCACAUUGUCAUGGAUGUCAACCGCGAGCCCUAUCGGGACUGGUUCAGUAGCCAGCUGGCGGCCACCUGCAACGUGGAGCAGUCCUUCUUCAACGACUGGUUCAGCGGGCACCUUAAUUUCCAGAUCGAGCACCACCUCUUCCCCACCAUGCCCCGACACAACUUUCACAAGGUGGCCCCCCUGGUAAAGUCCCUGUGUGCCAAGCAUGGCAUCGAGUACCAGGAGAAGCCACUGCUCAGGGCCCUCCUGGACAUCGUCAGGUCCCUGAAAGAAUCAGGGGAACUGUGGCUGGAUGCCUACCUGCACAAAUGAAGCAACAGACUUGGGAGACAGAGCAGUGGGUGUCCCAGGGCGGUGGGUUCUGGCUCCAGGGGUGCACGUGGCCUGUGGACACAGGUUUGGUCUCUUUCCUCUCCUCUCUCCUUCCCUUCUUAACUUCCAGCACCUUGUCUUGGCCUCAGGGAGGUGCAGGUGUGUGGCCGAACCCCUCUUCCCAUACCCAGUGGGGCCCUUGGAAACUCUCAGGCCUCCCUCAGGUGCCA